AUGAAGGGGAAAAAGAACGUCAAAGGCGCGCAACAGCCAGACGUCCCUGUCGUUUUAGACUGCUGUGGUGUUGAUGUAAAUGAUCCUAAUGGAAACCACACAGUUAAUUUUACAUUUACUGUUGAAGCUGAAGAAGAUCCUUCAAAACCAUUCGAAGGUGAUUUAGAUUUUCAAUUUCCACAUCAACUAGGCAAAGCAGUCAAGCCACCAAAAAUCGAAACUGGUCACCCAACUACAAAAUGGGUUACAACAAUGCCCGUUAAUAUUGAUGAUGCAUUUAUCAAUCAAAUUCGCGAGAAAAGAUUACUUUAUAAGAUCGUAUUCCUCUACAAAUCAGCGGCCCAUGGCAAGCCACCUCCAAAAGGAGCAGCAGCCGGAAAGAAAGGAAAUGAUAAAUCCCAAACACAUGUUACAAAUCAUACAUUCUUCAUUGAUGCAACAUGCCUUCUCGUUAGAGGUGGCAGAUUUAAACCGUUUUUGACAUAUACUGCUUCCUGUGUACCUCCUUCGUUUACAUCAUUCAAGAUAACGAUUUCUAUUGAUCAUCCUCUACUUAGCGAUGCUCAAAUACGUCGUCAUCAGCCAACAGUCUGUUUCAUCAAAGGCGUUCAUCAACUUCCAAAUUCUCCUUUAUCUUACGAAGAGCUCGCAGCAUCAUGCCUUGGUCCAUUUAUUGUUCUUAAGACUGCAACUCCUCAAUACACAUGUUGUACGAUGCCUGGAACUCACGCAUCAGAUAUCAAAAUGAAUAUAGCCGUAAUGUUCUGGCAAACGCCAUCUACAGACGUAUCCAUCGAACUACACGACAGAGACAUUGAAAGUCCUGAAAUUUCUGCUAUCGUUGGUUCCUCAUUUGUCGUUCCAGAUCAAACAGCCAAGCAACCGAAGCAAGAAGCUCUCAGUUUCGAUCAAAUCCUUGGAGUUAAGAAAGAGCAGAAUACGAUCAGACCAUACGCAGAGCUUACUUUCCCACUCAAAACUGGAAGAUUCAUGAUUCCUUUCACUCCUGUCCAAACUUCUAAUACAGUUAUCAUGCCAGGCGCUUAUACUACAUCAGGAACAUAUAUGUCCAUUGAAGUUGAGUCCAUGAAGGAAACUGUCCCUCAAAUGGCCGUCCAACAAGUUACAACUCCUCCAUCAAAAGCAAAAGCGCAAGAAAAGCCGCAUAACGCAAAAGAUGACAAAAACCAGCAGAAGGUUACAUUCAAUACACGUCGUGUUGUCAUUAUAGCUCAUGGCAAUCUUAUCCAGAAAGAGAAACUGUUCAUGGAUGGUCUCCAAAUGAACAUUGUUCGUAUCAACGCUGAAGCAUUUAAACAAAAAGACAUUGCAACGGUUUCAAGCAUGAAACUCGAAAAAGAAGAUGUUCCAGCGAUUUCUGGGUUCAUCAUGAUGACUGGAGAGUUCGAAGUUACUAUAUUAGAAAUGAUAGAAAACACAGAUGCUUCAACACAAAUCCAUAACUACUUGAAAUAUCCUCCAGGAGGAAACAUUGAUGUUUUAUGUGAUGAAAAUCAAGUUUACAAAAGCCCAAGAUUAUAUGGAACUUUGGACUGCGCUGUUAAGAAAUUCAAGCUGGCAACAACGCUGGGACAAUUGUUACUUGAUCCGCAAUUGUACGUACAUAACUCUCAUCUCGCAAAUUGUUUCAAAGUCUGCAAUACUUUGAAGAGAAUUGAAUCCGCAAAAAGUUUGGCAGAAUUUGACACAGAAAACUUAUGGCCACUUCAGGCAGAUAUAGAGAUGUUGAAUGCCAAAUGUGGUAUGUUAUUGUCCCUUGAUGAGCUUUCAUUCCCUCCGCGCGAUCCAGAAGCAGAAUCCGCAAAAUCAAAGGAAUUAAUCAGAAUGAAAUCAAUGGAAAAACUGACAGUUGAAGAAGAAGCGCCAUUGAAUUAUGUUCCUUUGAAGAAGGAAACUGUUGAAGUCAAGGACCAUACACUUGAAUACUAUCAGCAGAAGAACAUGGAGACAAUCAGGAUGCUUGAAGAGAAGAACAGAGUCCAGAAAGCAAUUAUUUCCGGUGUUGACGAUGAUGACACUUUAAUUGUCAAAGAUGGCAAAACAGAAAUUCCUCCAAACUUCUAUCCAGAUAAGCCUGAACCAUAUGUUUCUUUGGCAGCAACAACAUCAGGACCAGCACUCGCCAAAAUGUUCAGACAAGAAGAUGGAACAGAAAUCAGAGAUGGCGUCAAAUUCAACAAUUACGCAAAUACAAAAACAUAUUUGCAAGAUCCAAUUUCACUAAAAGUUGAUGUUAACCAUGAUCCUUGGGAUAAAGGAGAUAAACCACUUUGCACAGGUGCUGAACGACUCUUCGCUGAUGUAAGAGGUCCUCUAUAUGAUCAAUACAACCCUGUUUGCAAACCAGGUGGUUAUUUCUCUCAACAAAAGUCAAUUUUCAUUGAUGAAGAAUAUAAUGACAAGAAAAGUAAUAAGCCGGAAUACAUUACUAAAGGAAUUAACCACAGCCAGAAGUUCAACGCCGUUGUGGCUCCUGCCGGUAAGAAUGAAGAAAUCCUGGGAAGAACAGUUGCUCCUGGAACAUUAAAUAUUCAAGAACCUUGGCAGCCUCAAGAUUCAAAUGUCAAAAAUAACGAUUUGGCAAAUAAGCCGAGAUUUAAUACUAUGUUCAAGGCACCAAUAAAGAAAGGUACAACUGAUAGUGCUUAUGUUGCAAAACUUGUUCCAACAUUCCCUACUCCAAAACCCGGAUUUUAA